ACUGGGGAUGACGCGGGCAUAGGACAGGUUGCGACGAGCCUGAACAAAGACAUGUAAACAUACCUACUGCGUCUCCCUCCUCACAAUACACACGCACCAUGAUACCGAAUGUGAACCAGAAAUGCUCAUCUAUAUGAACAGAUCACCCGUUAGAGAAUGUGGCUGGACCGCUUAGCUGGGGGUGCUGCGUCUCCCAGCGGUUCACUCACUCCUUCGAGACCAUACUCACCCUCACCACGUAAAGGCGAGAGAUCUCAUCUUGCCCCGGCUCAACGGGCAGGAUAUAAUUUAAGCGCAAACAAGUCGUCCACGUCCCUCGACCUCAGUGCAAACAGUUCGACGACUUCUCUGUCCGCACCUCCUAGGCCUGCUGUCAAUGGAUCAUCAUUACGAUUCGAACAACGGCCCCCUCCUGACGUCCCAGAUCCGCUGAAGGUGCUCGGAGACAUACUGGGCAACCGGCCAAAACAGAAUGGCGCAGAUAGCGUUACGAGCGCAGGGAAAGGCACAGGGGCGCCUGGACGGCGGAAAACAGAAGUGAAUAUCGACUUUGGGGGCCUCAGUCUCGAUGAGUUCGUCGAUCAAGAUAUACCCGAGGCGGCGGUGGACAACCGGCAAUCUAGCGCAAUCCCCAUCCCGGCCAAGGAGAAUAGGCAGAAAUAUGAAGACUUCCACAAUUCUAUUGCGGAAUGUGACCAAGUGCUCAAAACGGUCGAGACAUACUUGACGAAUUUCCAAGCCGAACUGGGCCAGGUGUCUGCGGAAAUCGAGAACCUGCAAGCCCGCUCUGUGCAAUUGAACGCGAAACUCGACAACCGACGUAAGGUCGAAAAGCUGCUUGGGCCUGCCGUAGAGGAUGUGACUCUCUCCCCAAUGACGGUCCGGUCGCUAGCCGAAGGGGCCAUCGACGAGACCUUCCUCAAAGCUCUGAACGAAGUGGAGGCGCGAUCGGCCAUGAUCGAGGCCAAAGAAGACAAGGGCGAAGAUGUGAAGGCACUACAAGACCUCAAGCCAUUGUUGGAAAACCUCAAGGCCCGAGCAGUCGAACGGAUCCGGGACUACAUCGUGGCUCAGAUCAAGGCGCUACGGGCGCCCAACAUCAACGCCCAGAUCAUACAACAGCAAAGUUUCCUGGAAUACAAAGACCUGUACGCAUUUCUGGCGCGGAAUCACGCCGUCCUGGCCGAGGAAAUCGGUCAAGCAUACGUCAACACCAUGCGAUGGUACUACAGCAGUCAUUUUGCUCGAUACCAGCAAUCCCUUGAAAAAUUGCAGCUGCACGUAUACGAUCAACACGAUUUGUUGGGAUCUGAGCCGGCCCCAGCCCGAAGAAACGUUCAAUCAUCCAAGCCUUCUACUGCUGCUGCUCAUGCUGCGAACCCUCCACAUCAUCACCAACACGACGCUUAUUCUCUGGGUCGACGGGAUGAGAUUCUUCGAUCCAAAAACGACGCUGCCUUGCCUGCCUAUUUGGCCGAGGACAACAGCAAGACGUCUGCACAGGCACACCACAUCGAAAUUCCGUUCCGGAACUUCAACCGCGCCCUGAUUGACAACGUGUGCGCCGAAUAUUUUGUGGUCACAGAACUCUUCUCCACCAGCACCUACCACCAAAUCUCACGGCGAGUCAGCGAGAUUUUCGAGCCCACCUUCGCCAUCGGCCACAACCUCACCAAACAUCUGGUCGAACACACAAACGAUGGGUUGGGCCUGCUGCUGUGCGUUCGCCUGAACCAACAUUUCGCCUUUGAGCUGCAGAGACGCAAAGUCCCCGUUGCCGACUCGUAUAUCAACUUGACCAACAUUCUUCUAUGGCCGAGGUUUCAAAUGGUCAUGGACUUGCACUGUGAGUCUCUGAAGAAAGUCCCUGCACCAACCGCCCAUGGUUAUCGCGGUGCCGCCGCGGCCUUUUCGCUCGUUGGCGGCGGCAGUGGAUCCGACCCGUCCAAAGCAGCCUCGGUCGCUCCUCAUGCCAUCACCCAGCGCUUUGGACAAUUUCUCCAUGGUAUCCUGAUGCUCAGUGCCGAAGCGGGUGAUGACGAACCCGUCUCAAACAGUCUCGCCCGGUUGCGGUCCGAGUACGAAACUCUGAUGGGUAAAUUGGCAAAGGGCGCCGGCGGCGACGCGUCCAAACGACAAAGGUUCUUGUACAACAAUUACAGCCUGGUCCUGACUAUUAUCAGUGAUACAAAGGGUAAACUGGCCGAAGAGCAGAAGGAACAUUUUGGCGCUUUGGUCAGGGACAACAAGAGCAGAUAAGUCUAGUGUCGAGUCACUAGUUUGCCUCUGACAGGACAGCGGCACCCAGAAUAGAUGACCAUACGUGACCUAUGUAGAACAACUUCUUGAAAGAGGCAAUCUGGACAGCCAAAACUACCUAGGUACCUCUACUAGUAGUCACUCGUAAGGUAGUAAUGUGUGCGUGCCACGCACUGCCUGUGGCAGUGUGUUUUAACAUGCAAUGGGCGUGCAAGUUAUAGUACCUGCAGGGAGGUGAUGUGACUUGGUUGUUGGACAGAUGACUUCUUGUUCACUAAGUGCAAGGACAGACCUUACAGACCAACAUUGACAACAACUUGAACCAAAAGUUUGUCCGCUCCAAAUUUGAAAGGGAGCCUGAGCAGAAUCGAAUGCAUAUAUACCCACAGCUCCCGUCCUUUCCAGCCAAGAGUCUCGCUUGUGCGUAUAGCCACUGUAUUCAAAGAACUUGUGGAAGAC